AUGGACUUCCCCGUUUCUGACAGCCAAGAGGCAUAUUCUGAAGACUUUGAUCCUGUCCAUCUGAACGCCGCUUGCAUCCAACAACCUCACUGUGGCUCUCUCACUUUUAGUCCUUUCCUUGAAGAUGACGAGGAGAGCUAUUGGGAGACGGUGUCCAGCACGUCAAGCGAAUGUGAAACCAAGAUUGGCGACGGCGGUAUCGUACUACCCGACACGGUGCUGAGCGCAACUGAACCUCUCUUACCCAUCCACCACAAUGGUCACGGCAGGACAACGAUACCUCCAUUGCCAGAAUCACCGACAAGCAGCAUGGGACAUCUCUCACCUCUAGAAAAUGAAGAAGACCAAACAGACACAGGCGACACAACUCCUCCAGAUGAUCUCGUCCUUCCUGAAGUCAUCAUUGAGGAUCACCUCCCAGGCGAAAAUGACAUGAUGAGCGGCGCGGUCGAUCCACAAGACGACAUCCAACCGCUCUCGACAUUCACCGAGGAAAGUGUCAUGUGUGAUUGCAAGAACAACUUUGCUAGGUUGCUGUCGAGCAUGCCCUUCAAAGUCAUCGGACGGUAUGAGCUAGCUACUUUCAACCUCCCCUUCGACGACGUGCGGUGCCUACAGCAAUUGCCGCCCGAUUUCCUCACAACAUACUUUGGUGUGGGUCGGGCGAUGGCAGAGGCCACAGAGGAUAUGGAGUAUUCGGACGACGCGUUCCUGGAGGCAAUGGCGAAGCGCGGCGGCACGUCGAGGAGGCGGGUGGUCUAUCCGGAGGAUAUCAUCCCAUUUAUCGGCUUCGGGGAGGUAGAAGAUGGCGAAGACGAUGGCGACCUGUACGAUCAGGAGUACUGGAGGGAGCUGCAACUACAGGGAGAAAUCUGGGAUGAUCUCUACGUACCUUGA